AUGGCCGCCGUCUACGCGAAUGGCGCGAAUGGCGUGAAUGGCGCGGGCUCCAUGUUCCCCCCGCCGCGCUAUUCGGACGUGCCCAGUGCCAUCACCAUCUCAGUCGCCGAUGACGAGGGAGGCCAGCUCGAUGUCGAGAUCCCGCUAGACGAGGAUAUUCAGGACGACCCUACCGAGCUGUGCGCCAUUCUCGAAAACGAAAAGAGCUUGACGUCCACUUGGGUUAAGGUCGCAGUGGCCUACGCAAAGCACAAGAAGGUUCAUGUGGCCAUAGACGUCUUGAGCCAGGCGAUUCAGGUCUUUGGCAACGCGCGCGGCGAGGACAGGCUCAGCAUCCUCAACGGCCUGUGCUGGCUGUAUCUCCUCAAGUGUCGGGAGGCGCCCCGUACCAAGCAGGACUCCCAGACGGAUCCCGAUGUCAAGUUGAAGGACUACUACCUGCAAGCAGCCACCAGUGUGCUCAACGACGCCUCUCGAAUUAGCCCCUCGCACCCACCGCUGUUCCUCGCUCGCGGUGUCCUCUACCUCCUCCGCGCCUCCCUCCAAGGCCCUGCGACGACGGCUGGACCCAAUGCUGUGAGCCCCGAACGCAUGGAGACACUCAAGCAGGCUGCCAAAUGCUUCGAAGAUGCACUCAGGGCAUCGGGUGGGAGGAACUUGAUGGCCAAGAUGGGCAAGGCGCGCGUCCAUUAUUCCAUGGGCAAGUGGGCGGAUGCUCUCAAGGGAUACCAGAACAUCCUGGAGAGUUCCCCAGACAUGCUGGAUCCUGAUCCGCGCAUCGGCAUCGGCUGCUGCUUUUGGCAGCUCGGUUUCAAACACGACGCUGCGGGCGCAUGGCAGCGAUCGCUCGAGUUGAACCCAAAAUCCAAGAUUGCGCUUACCCUGUUGGGCAUUUACAACCUCCACCUAACCGCCAGCUACUCGUCGACAGACCCCAAAUUCGUCGAGCUAUACAAGAAGGCAAUCAACCAAUACAUUGUACCCUCGACCAAGCUGGACAACCAAUUCCCCCUCACAUGCGCCACCCUAGGAAGCCAUUUCCUCGUCAGGCGUGACUUUGCAAAGACGGAGACGGUGGCUAUGCGCGCCAUCAGUCUGACGGAUACCAAUGCCAUUGCCAGUGACGGCUGGCAUCUUCGGGCCAAGAAGGCACAUCAUGAAGAGGACAUUGCAAAAGCCGCCGAGUACUAUUCAAAGUCUGAUCAGGCCCGAGGUGGUGAGGAACGUGGUUUCAUCCCAGCGAAAUUUGGGUUGGCACAGAUGAAUGUUCUGAUGAGCAACUAUGAUGGCGCCAAAUUUCGUCUCGAAAAGAUCCUACAGCAGUCGCCCGUUUUAGAAGCGCAAACACUGCUUGGCACGCUGUACGCAGAGGAUGUCUUCGCCGCUCAGAACAGCAAAUCCACCGAGGACAAGUCGGCGGAACUCAGAAAGGCUCUCAAAUAUCUCGAGACAGUUCAAAGUGCCUGGAAAGACCCAAAGCGAAAGGCCGUCCCCGACCAGUCAGUUUUGUUGAACCUGGCUAGGUUAUACGAAAUUGACCACCCAGAAAAGAGCUUGAGGUGUCUUGAAGAGGUGGAACAAAUGGAGCUGGACGCAAUCCCCGAAGAAGACUAUCCGGAAGGCAUUGAAGACCCAAUUCAGGUCAAGGCGGCGUUGCGCGAGUUCCUCCCCCCUCACUUACUCAACAACAUGGGUUGCUUCCAUUACCAGGCAGAUCGCUUUGUUACAGCACGUGAAUUUUUCCAGACGGCCCUGAAUGCCUGCGUCAAGGCAGAGAGUCGUGACGAGGGCAUCGACACGGACGCACUCGUCACUUCAAUCAGUUACAAUCUUGCACGCACGUACGAAGCCGAGGGUAUGUGGAAGGAUGCUAGGAGCGUUUAUGACAGUCUUCUUCAACGACAUGGGGACUACAUUGACGCACGCCUCCGUUUGGCCUACAUUUCUCUGCGGGAGAACCCCGAGGGCGAAGGUCCCAGGGCGGUCAAGGAUCUUUUCAAGGCGAACGAGGACAACACCGAGGUCAGGGCGCUGUAUGGCUGGAUGCUGAAUAAGACCAAGAGGAGGACCUCGCAAUUCGUAACCGACGAGGAACAGCGACAUUACAAGCACACUCUCCAGAAGUUUGACAAGCAUGACGCCUAUUCCUUGAUGGGUAUGGGUAACAUCACUCUGGCGAUUGCCCGCGAGAUGCCGAGGAGCUCAGAACAAGAGAAGGAGAAACGACGGAAGCAAUACGAGCGAGCGGUUGAGUUCUUCGAGAAAGUCUUGCAGAUUGACCCCAGAAACGCGUAUGCUGCGCAAGGUAUCGCAAUCGCUUUGGUAGAGGACAAGAGGGAUUACUCGACCGCCUUGCAGAUCUUUACCAAGGUCAAGGAGACACUCAAGGAUCACAGUGUCUACACCAACCUCGGGCAUACUUACUGUGAGAUCAAGCAGUACAACCGAGCCAUUGAAAAUUAUGAAGCAGCCCUGGCUCGCGAUCGCCAAAAUGACCCAAAGAUCCUUCAAUGUCUGGGACGAACCUGGUAUCUCCGCGCCCGCCACGAGAACAGCAUGGCCGGUUUCCGCACCGCGCUCGACUACUCCAAGCAGGUUCUCUCCAUCAUGCCCACAGAUUUAUCUGCUCAGUUCAACGUCGCCUUCCUGCAGUUCCAAGUGGCAACCGUGCUAUACAACCUUCCCGAGAACCAACGCACCCUGGAAGAAGUUGAUUCGGCAAUCGUCGGUCUCGCCGAAGCCAUCGAUACCAUGGACAAACUUGCCAAAGAGGAACAUCCCCCCUUCCCUCGCUCCGACAUUACCUCUCGUGCAAACAUGGGUCGCAACACAAUGGUCAAGCAACUCGAACGUGUCCGUGAGAAGCAACUCGCCUACGAAGGUGAAGCACUCUCCAAGAAAGAAACCGCGCGCCGCCUCCGCGAAGCCGAACUUGCGCGUCGCGCAGAAGAAGAAGCACGUAAAGCUGCCGAGGCGGCCGAAAGGAAGCGCAAGCUCCUCGAAGAGCAAGAACGCAUUGCCCAGCGUGACCGUGAACUCAUGGAGCUCCGCAGUCUGGACGAGCGCAAGCGCAUGGAGGAGGAAGAGGACCGAGAGACGAGGAAGGCGGAGCGCAGGAGUCGACCCAAAGGCCCGAAGCGCAAGAAGAAGGAUGCGGAUUCGGACACGGCGGCUAGUGGGUCUGAAGACGAGCGCAGGAGUAGACGCAGACGGACGACUGUGAGUGGCACCGAGGCUGGAAGCGACGACGAGAAGCCGCGGGAGAAGAAGAAGAGAAAGCUUGCGAGGAAGAGUGAGCCCGCGGGCAAGUACAAGAGUAAGGAGUACAUUGAUAGCGAGAGCGAUGAGGAGCUGGCUGCGGAGACUGCGGCGCCCGAGGAUGAGGCAGCAGGCAAAGAGGCAGAGAGUAGAGAUGAGGAAGCUGCGACGGCGGCACCCCGACCCCGCAAAGCUCGCGUCGUAGACGACGAAGACGAGGAUGAAGACGAAGGGACUACAGCGCCAAAGACUGACGUGGCAAUGGAGGAAGACGAGGACGAAUAG